AUGCGGCCUCUCGUUCCCCUCGUCGCGCUGCUCCCCGCCCUCAGCUACGCGCAGACGCUCGCCAUCGACGUCACCAAGCCGGUUGAAUGCACGCGCAAAUCACAGAAUGGCGAUAAGCUGUCGAUGAACUACAAGGGCACGCUGACCGACGGCACCAAAUUCGACUCCAGCUAUGACCGCGGAACACCGUUUAAGUUCACCAUAGGCAAGGGCCAGGUUAUUGCCGGCUGGGAACAGGGCCUGCUGGGCAUGUGUCCGGGAGAAGGCAGGAAGCUGACUAUCCCGCCGAACUUGGGCUAUGGGAACCAGCCAAAUGGAGCUAUUCCCGCGGGGUCGACGUUGAUCUUCGAGACGGAGCUUGUUGGUAUUGAUGGUGUCAAGCCUGAACCUGUUCCUACGCCACAACCUAGUUCUACGGUCGUCGAGGAGGAGGAAGAAGAAGAUGAGAUUACAUCGACGCCUCCUCCCGUGCCAGUCAACUCAGCCAUGGCAUCCGCCAAACCCACGCAGCAAGCGACCGCGCAAACCUCGCCUCUGGACGACGACAGCGACAGCGGAGAAUGCAAUCUACUUGGAGAUUUCGCCCUUAUCGUGCAGGGUGCGCUCGGACUGCUGGCCGUGUCGUCAUUGGCGGUCAAGAGGCUGAGGGAGUCUCCGCGCCGGCCCAUGAAGAUCUGGUUCUUCGACGUGUCCAAGCAGGUCUUUGGCUCGGUCUUGCUGCAUCUGGCCAAUAUCUUGAUGUCCAUGCUGUCGUCGGGUAAAUUCGAUGUGGCAUCGACGAUGAGUGCGAAGAAUGCUGCCAAAGCUGUUUCGAUGGAUGAGGGGGACCAGCCGAAUCCGUGCUCGUUCUAUCUGCUCAACUUGGCUAUCGAUACCACAAUCGGCAUCCCCAUCCUAGUCCUCCUACUCAAGAUCUUCACCCGCGCCGCGCUCCUAACCCCACUCGCCGACCCCCCCGAGUCCAUCCGCUCAGGAAACUACGGCCACCCCCCGCGCGCAACAUGGUGGCUCAAGCAAUCCAUCAUCUACUUCUUCGGCCUAAUCUGCAUGAAGCUCUGCGUGCUCGCCCUCUUCGCCUUCCUCCCUUGGAUCGCCUGGGUCGGCGACUGGGCCCUGCGCUGGACCGAAGGAAACGCCGCGCUGCAAAUCACUUUCGUCAUGUUCGUCUUCCCCCUCAUCAUGAACGGCAUGCAGUACUGGAUCAUCGAUAACUUCAUCAAGGAGCCUGGUCACGCUGAUGGUCAGUACGCUGUUGCUGCGGGUGAGGAUAGUGAGGAUGAGGAGACGGAUGAUGAGUGGAUGGAGCGCCAGAGGAGGUUGCGCGAGGCGGGUAUCGAUGCGGAUAGCGAUGAGGAGGCGGCGCCGGUGGCUAAACAGAUCAAGAAGAUCAGGGCUAAGGCUAAGGCUAAGGCGGCUAGAGGGGCGGAGCGCGAUGGGGAGUAUGAUCCGGAGUUCGAUGGCGCGGGAAGUAGUCUGGCCGCGAAUAAGAGUCGUAGGGAGUAG